AUGAUAUUGUUGCCUCGAAUCGCAUUUAUCUUUAGAGAGCAGCACUUAUAUUUUAAGUACAUAAAUAAAUGCCUCAUUAAUCAGCUACGGGGUAAAAACACAGAAACUAUGAAGUACCUAAAUGUUGCAGAAAAAAAUGAUGCAGCAAAAAAUAUUGCAUUGCAUUUAUCACGUGGAACUUCGCGAAGGAGGGAAGGCUUAUCGCAAUAUAACAAGAUAUACGAAUUUGAAGCUGAAGUUUUCGGGCAAAAAAGCCAAAUGGUCAUGACAUCUGUAUCUGGUCACCUUUUAGCUUUGGAAUUUGUUGGUGCUUAUAAAAACUGGCAAUCUUGCAAUCCCCUUACACUUUUUGAUGCUCCAGUUUUCAAGUUUUGCCCAGAAAACUAUGAGAAAAUCAAGAAAACAUUAGAAAGAGAGGUCCGUGGCUGUCAAGGGCUCAUUAUAUGGACAGAUUGUGAUAGAGAAGGUGAAAACAUAGGUUUUGAGAUUAUAGAAGUAUGUUCUGCUGUUAAGAAUAACUUGAAGAUUUUCAGAGCAAAGUUCUCUGAGAUAACAGGAAUUUCUGUGAAAAGAGCUCUACAGAAUUUGGAACAACCUAACAAGAAUAUUAGUGAUGCAGUUGAUGUGCGACAGGAGCUGGACUUAAGAAUAGGUGCUGCAUUCACUCGGUUCCAAACACUACGUCUCCAAAAGGUUUUCCCGAGUACUCUUGCCCAGAGCCUUGUGAGUUAUGGUUCUUGUCAGUUUCCAACUCUGGGAUUUGUGGUGGAAAGAUAUAGAGCUGUUGAGAACUUUGUUGCGGAACCGUUUUGGAAAUUAAAGGUAAAUCACACAAUGAAUGGCUUAAGCGUCGAUUUCAAUUGGGAAAGAGUGAGGCUCUUUGAUCAAGAAGCUUGCCAGGUAUUACACGACAUAUGUACAGAGAGCCCUCUUGCUACGGUAACUGACGUCAAAACGAAACCUAAAUCAAAAUGGCGACCUUUGCCGUUAGACACUGUGGAACUUGAAAAACUGGCGUCAAGAAAAUUAAAAAUAAACGCCAAAGAAACUAUGAGAUUGGCGGAAAAGUUAUAUACCCAGGGUCUGAUAAGCUAUCCUCGUACAGAAACAAACGAGUUUCCAAAGGAAAUGAACCUGGGGCAACUGGUGGGUCUUCACACUAGCGAUCCCAAUUGGGGUGCGUUUGCGCAGAAUAUUUUGGAUAAUGGUGGACCUACUCCUAGGCAAGGAAAUAAGAGUGACAAGGCCCAUCCGCCUAUUCAUCCCACAAAAUAUACUAAUAAUUUAAGCGGCAACGAGCUACGCCUAUACGAGUUCAUAGUUCGUUCGUUUCUCGCCUGUUGUUCCAAAGACGCACAAGGCCAAGAGACCACAGCUACUAUUAAUAUUGCCAAUGAAGUAUUUUCAACCAGCGGGCUUAUGAUAACCGCGAGGAAUUAUUUGGACGUAUAUCCAUAUGAUAAGUGGUCGUCUAAGGAAAUUCAUGUCUAUCAGUCAGGACAAACAUUUAACCCGUCAAGUAUAGAUCUCGUAGACGGAAGUACGUCACCGCCGAACUUAUUAACGGAAGCGGAUCUGAUCGCGCUCAUGGAAAAACAUGGCAUUGGCACGGACGCAACACACGCAGAUCACAUUGAGACAAUAAAAAAUCGAUCUUAUGUAGCAUUAGCAGAUGCCAUACAUUUCGUCCCAGGUUUGUUGGGUAUGGGGCUAGUCGAAGGAUAUGACGCGAUGGGUCUUAAUAUAUCAAAACCGCAUUUGCGAGCGCAACUUGAAGCCGAUUUGAAAGCGAUAUCCGAAGGAAGGAAGCAGCCACAAGCUGUUUUGGCAGAACAGGUUGCGAAAUACAGAGAAGUAUACUUAACAGUUACAGCGGAAGCAAAUAAAAUAGAUGGCGCUCUUGCUGAGAGAUUUUCCGAAAGGCCGUUAGACUAUACGCCCAGUGAAAGUGGCUCUAAUAACAUGCCCUCCGUGUUCAAAUGUCCGAAAUGUGGGUCGGAUAUGAUACUGCGACAGAAGAAAAACAAUACAGAUGAAUUCUACAUAAGUUGUAUGUCGUACCCAAAUUGUAAAAAUGCUGUCUGGUUGCCUUCUAUUGUAAAAAACCUGCAAGUCCUACCAGACGCAUGUCUAACAUGUGGGCCGAAUUACAAAAAGGUCAAAUUCGAAUGGCGAAAUAAUUCAAUCAAUCACUUAUACCCGCCACCUUACACUGGAUGUAUUGGUGGUUGUGAUACAACUUUCUUAGAACUGCUCAGAAUAAACUUGAAUAGUGUCCGAUCUACACAAACUGAGAAUAACCAAAAUAUCUCCAAUAGAACAACCAAUAAUGCUAAUACAGGACAAAGUAUACGUAAUACAAGUCAGAAUUUACCUAAUACAAGACAAAACAUACCUAAUACAGGACAAAGUAUACGUAAUACAAUUCAGAAUUUACCUAAUACAAGACAAAACAUACCUAAUACAGGACAAAGUAUACGUAAUACAAUUCAGAAUUUACCUAAUACAAGACAAAACAUACCUAAUACAGGACAAAGUAUACGUAAUACAAGUCAGAAUUUACCUACUACUAGACAAACACAGCCAAGGCAAUUUACUCCGCCUCUUAAUACAAAUAGAAGUCAAAUUCCCACACAAAUACCUAGAUUACCAGUACCAAGAAAUGUGGGAAAUGGCCCACGAUUUCCAAAUGCAAAUCCUGGAGAUAGUGAUGAUAAUAAUGUUAUUUGUGGGUGCAAUAAACCGGCCAUUUUGUUGACUGUAAGAAAGCAAAAUGCAAAUUUUGGUAAGAAAUUCUACAAAUGCCAAGCAGGCAAAGAUAACAAUGGUUGUGAUUUCUUUCUAUGGGCACCGGAAUCGAUAGAUUCUAACGUUCAAAGUGAUGCCUCGUGGGGCACUUCAACUCCUGGAGAUUCUUGGGGUACUUCUGCCCCUGGUACGUCCAGGGGUACUUCCGCCCAAAACGAUUCUUGGGGUACUUCUGCCCCUGGUAGUUCCAGGGGUACUUCGGACUCCGGUAGUUCAAGAGGUUGGGGCGUCGCACCGAGUUACAAUAGAGAUGACUUUCAACCCAAUGAAGAUAAUGUUAUGUGUGAAUGCGGGCUUCCGUGUAAAAAGAUUACUGUCCACAAAGAAGGUCCGAAUAAAGGGCGCCCCUUUUACGGCUGCCCCAAGGAGUUCAACAAACGAUGCAAUUUCUUUCAAUGGGCAGAUGGGGAAACUUCAACCAGCUCGGAAUGGGGAAGUAGUACCAAUAGAAGAGGCAGGGGGCGUGGACGCGGGGCCAGUACUUCUAGUUCGGAUAGUCGUAGAAAAUGUAGCGUAUGCCGACAAGAGGGACACACAAAAAACAGAUGUCCUAAUAAUCAAUAA